AUGGCGCACUGGGUCGAUGUCGGCGCCACGCUGUCGCAGCUGGCCGAAAUAGACACCGACAAACUACUGCCGUCCAAGAAAAGCAACAUCGGCCUUGGUUUGACCCCGAAAGACCAGGUGCGCAAGUUCUACGAGCAGAGCGCAGACAACAAGACACUGGAGUCCAAGGCCUGGCUCAGCGACCCGCAUUUUUUCCACACCGUGCACGUCAGCAGUCUGGCGCUGAUGAAAAUGAGUCUCCAUGCGCGCUCGGGCGGGUCCAUCGAGAUCAUGGGCAUGAUGACCGGCAAGAUCUUCGACGGCAACAUCGUUGUCUUGGACAGCUAUCCUCUGCCCGUGCAGGGGACCGAAAGCCGCGUGAAUCCGCUCAACGAGGCGUACGAGUUUAUGCUGCAAUAUCUGGAACAGCAGAAGAAGCAGUGCAAUCGGUCGGAGAACAUUGUUGGCUGGUACCACUCUCACCCAGGCUUUGGCUGCUGGCUGUCGGGAAUCGAUGUCAAGACGCAGGAACUGAACCAGGGAUUCCAGGAUCCGUACGUCGCCGUCGUGAUUGACCCGGAGAAGUCGCGGAAGCAGGGGUUUGUGGACAUCGGGGCGUUUCGCACGUACUACCCUGAGCAUCUUGCGAUGUUGGAGACGCAGCAACCAAAUCCCGCAAAACGCGAUCUGGGCCGUCACGCAGACAAGUAUUACUCCCUAGACGUGAGCCUUUUCAAGUCCGACAAGGACGAGCAGGUUUUCGACAGCCUCAAUUCAAAGUUCUGCCCCGGAAACCCUGCUACAUCGCUAUGA